AUGGAGAGCGAGUUGGAGGCGCUGGCCGCCCGGCCCGAGAGCCCGGGCGAGCCGCCCUUCCAUGCGCUGGUGGAGGCGGCGGGCGGCCGCGGGCAGGUGCUACUGGUGGGCGAGCUAUGGGAGCGCGAGCAGAGCCGCGCGCUCCUGUGGGACUUCGCCCGAGCAGUGUUCCCGCCCCAGCAAGCCGCGGGCAAGCCGGGCGGCGGGGCCGCCGAGGGCGCGGGACCCGGGGCGCCCGGGGUGCCGAAAAGGCACGCGACCGGGGCGCGCGCCAUCCGCUCCCCGCUCGUCUUCGUGCUGUGCCGCGCGUCGUCGCUGGCCGCCCGGGGGCCGCGGCGCCACCUGCGGGAGAUGCUGCGGGAUGUGCGAGGCCGGCGGCGGGCCGGCGCGGCGCUGGUCGGGGUGCUGGUGGCCGAGGCGGAGCCGGAGGACGCGGGGGCCCCGGAGCUGCGGCUGCUGGAGGCGCUGCUGCGCACGGUGUUCGGCCGCCAGGCGGGAGGCCCGGUGCAGGCGGCCGCCUACCGCCCCGGCCACCCGGCUUCCAGCCUGGCGGUUCAGGCGGCCGCCUGCAGGGCCCUGCAAGCCGCCGGGCCCUGGCGCCCAGCAGAAGGAGCCUGGGAGAGACCAGGCCUUCCACCCCUGCUGGCGUGCUUUUCCUGGGGUCCCUGGAGCCGGCGGAAGGACCCAGAUACCAGCUCCCGCAGUGGUCCAGCUCAGGGUGACCUCCAGGACUCUGAGGAGGAGCUGGUACUGAUGGCAGUAUAUCCCAAUGGAGAUUGCGAGGACCCCGGAAAGGGGUCAAAACCCUGUGACAGAGUUGUCUCUGCUCCCACUGAGCCCACCGGAGACUUGAGAUGAAGGCUGGACCCUGGCUGCCCCAGCUCUAACCUGCAAACUUGGAGCUGGCUCUUCUCACUGAGUCGCCCUGCCUCCAUGUUGACCUUGGGAUGCUGGUAACUACAAGCCCCUACCUUCCAGAUGCUGUUGUAUUGACAUGUUACCAGCCAGGCAGUGAGACUUACGAAGCUAAGUAGGACCUAGGAAAAUGUAUCCUCUGGGAACCUGCCCCCCACCUCGCAUCUGCUCAUUCACUGGUCACAGUGGGGUUAUUAUUUCUUUCUGUGCCUCGGUUUCUCUAUGCCAUUGAGACAGCUAUGGGCUUUGAGGUCCUGUGGUGCUGUGGCAUCCUGUCAUUGUUUGCAUGAGCAUCCAUCAUUUUGAGAGCAGCUGGACCAGAAAUCAUCAGAUCUGUGAGAGGAGCCCUGGACCUGUCACUCAACCUUUAGGGCUUCUAGUUCUCAAACACGUAGGAGCGCUACCAACCCAGUGACUCUCAACCAGGGGCCAGGUUACCCCUCCAGGCAGCACUGGAAACUGUAUUGUGUGUGUGUGUGUGUGUGUGUACUGGGAGCGUCACUGCGACUAUGGGGCACCCCUGGAAUUUAGUGGGCACCUCACAGUGUACGGGACAAUCUCCAAUGGUGCAAAAUUGUUCCAGUAAAAAUGCUGAUCGUGGCAACUUUGAGAAACGCUAGGUGAGACUAUCUCCUCCCAAUUAAAUUCUAGGAAGAGUCCCCAGAGCAGAGAGAAUUGGGUUUCCCAGGGCUUUGGCUCCCAGAGCAAGCCAGAAUAAAGACGCACUGCCACCCUGGGGGGCCUCUGGGGCCAGAGCCAAGAUGGUCCAUGUGCUACAGGCCCAGAGCGUAAGUAGUUUUGCGCAUCUUUCUUCUCCACGUUGACAUUGACUUUCUGUGCCAAGUUCUUUGAGAAUAAAGAUGCUGGGAACUGACCAUGUCACCAAACAGAAGGAAAGUUAGCGGUAGGAAUUACAAGAGCAUAGGAUUUGUUUUGGAUCUCAGAUUCGGUCCUAACACAAGAUCAAAGCUGAUGAAGCCCAGAGGUGCCAAGUUCCAGAAUCCUUUUUUCUCUGCUUAUGAGUCCAUCAGAGUCAGUGAUGUUCCCUUAAAAGUCAGGAAGACCAUCUGUGUUUACUCAGAGAGGGAACUCUGUAUUACCUCCCUUGUCCCCUCACCUGCCCCUGGGGAAAUCCAGUCUUUAGAAUGGCAAGGAGAGCUCUGAUUUUCCCAAGUAGAGAGCACUAUCUGUGGGAAGCAGCUAAAUGCAUUCAUUCAUGCAUGAUUCAUUCAGCAGACAUGCAGUUGUGACUGCUAUUUGCCCAGCACUCUGCAAGAUGCUGCAUAACUUGUGUUAGUUAUUUCAGCUCUUGCUAUGAUGGCAAACAAACAUGGAAUGGGAAACCUGCGGCCCAGGAGCUCUUUGAUGUUAAGGAAGAGGCCUUUCUGCUCCAGGCCUCCUGUUUAUUCUAACAGGGAGCCUAAUCCAUAUCGGACUUCGCAAGUGACACUAGCGGUAAAGACUCCACCUGCCAAUGCAGAAGAGGCAGUUUCGAUCCCUGGGUCAGGAAGAUCCCCUGGAGGAGGGCACGACAACCCACUCCUGUAUUCUUGCCUGGUAAAAGUCCAGAGGGUCAGAAAGAGUUGGACAUGACUGAGCAUACACACACAAUCCAUUUCAGUGUGAGGGCAGGUAGGAUGACGGGAAGGACCCAGCUGACUUCCCCACACAAGAAUGGAUCAGUGAACUGCUGUUGGUUUUGUUUUAAAACAAGGAGCCUCAUUCCUUCAACCAUGGCCACCUCCUGGGAAGAGAGGAAGCGGGAGAGGAGCCUACGUCCCCCUGUCACCCAAGUCCUCCAGCCGUGCAAGCUGUCCGCCUGCACCGCCCUGCAAGCUGGAUCCAGAGUUGCAGGCAGACCAAUUUCUACAUCAAUAUUAUCUCGACUGGAGGCUAAGAUUGCAGAGGCCUCUACGGUAUUUAGCAGGGCCCAGAAUGGUGUGUCUCAGUUAAUCCAGAGGGAGUUCAGACCAGUGCAGUCAGCAGAGAUGCUGAGACAGCGGCCACGUUUAUUGGUGCAUUUGUGCAACAACAGGAGUGGCUGGUUCCAGUGCUGGUAUUGGAACAGUCUUCUGCAGCCUCAUCGUUAAUUAUGCCAGAAACCCUUUUCUGAAGCAACAGCUGUUCUCGUAUGAUAUCCUGGAAUUUUUUCUUUUUUUUGGCCAAACCACAUGGCAUGUGGGAUCUUAGUUUCCAGACCAGGGAUUGAACCCACACCCCCUGCACUGCAAGGCGGAGACUUUACCACUGGACUGCCAGGGAAGUCCCUGAUGAUUGCUUUCUUGAAUUUUGUUUGCCGUGUAACAGAAAUUAUUGCUUGAAAUGUUGGCAUUCGUAUUAAUUAUGGAUGUAAUUCUGUAUAUCUUACUGUGACUCUGAAAACUGUAGUGCUGGUGUCAGGGAAAUGUACAUUAUUUCCAAAGUCAUUUCGUUAAAGAUGAAAACUUUAAAAAAUAAAAAGGAAUUAAAAUGGGAA